AAGCAACAACCGUGUGCACUUUGGUGCCAUUUCUGGGUUUAUGUGUUUAACUCCAGAUACUGUAUCUAAAAUUCUGUAUUCAAGUACUAUAUUGUUAGAUUCAUCGUUCAACUAAUCAGAAAGCAAGAGCAAUGCAAGCUGUAUCAUCUGGUAUCGGAUAUGGUCUUAAAUAUCAGGCUAGAUGCAUAUCAGAUGUAAAAGCAGAUACAGAUCACACAAGUUUCCUUGCUGGAACACUUAGUCUCAAAGAAGAAAAUGAGGUACAUCUAAUUCGGCUUUCGUCAAGUGGAACAGAACUUUUCUGUGAGGGAUUGUUUUCGCAUCCCAAUGAGAUCUGGGACCUUGUUUCUUGUCCUUUUGAUCAACGGAUUUUCUCAACCGUCUAUUCCACCGGUGAGUCUUAUGGAGCAGCAAUAUGGCAGAUUCCGGAGUUAUAUGGCGAGUUAAAUUCCCCUCAGUUAGAGAAAAUUACAUCUCUUGAAACUCAAUCCGGUAAGAUUAAAUGUAUUCUUUGGUGGCCAACUGGAAGGCAUGAUAAAUUGAUUAGCAUCAAUGACGAAAACCUAUGUCUGUGGAGUUUGGAUGUUUCCAAGAAAACUGCAGAGGUACAAUCACAAGAUUCAGCUGGUAUGCUACACAAGUUAUCUGGAGGAGCAUGGGAUCCGCAUGACGUGAAUUCUGUAGCCGCAACUUGUGAAUCAUCUCUCCAGUUUUGGGAUUUGAGAACAAUGAAGAAGACACUUUCAAUCGAGUGUUCACAUGUCCGCAGUGUUGAUUACCAUCCUAGGAAGAGUAACAUACUGGUUACAGCAGAGCAUGAGUCAGGGAUACGCAUCUGGGAUCUAAGAAAACCAAAAGUUCCCAUCCAAGAACUUCCAGGCCAUACACAUUGGACAUGGAUUGUCAAGUGUAACCCAGAGUAUGACGGAAUUAUCUUGAGUGCUGGAACGGAUUCGACUGUCAAUUUGUGGUCGGCUUCUAUUAACCUAGAUGAGUUAACAACGGAAAGCCAAGCAGAGCCACCUGUCCGAGGGGUUGAUCCAUUGCUUAAUACAUACAGUGAUUAUGAAGACAGUAUUUAUGGGCUUACAUGGAGUUCUCGUGAACCAUGGAUCUUUGCAUCUUUGUCCUAUGAUGGAAGGGUGGUUGUAGAAUCUGUAAAGCCUUUCAUCUCCAAAAAAUGAUGUUCAACAUCAGUCCCUUGAUGUUACCAUUUGUCAUCUUGUUGUGUAUGUCAGUAAUUUCCUGCCUCUAGGGUCUUGAGAUAAACAGAUAAAAGACUCGACAUGGUCGCUGGUGGGUUUGAUGUGGCUUAAAAGGAUUAGAUGUUACAUUGGCAUGACAUCUUUGACCAGGAAUCAUCUAUGGAUUAGAAAUCAGCAAUUUUUUGGUUGAAUUUUUAUCUUUCUACUUUGAAUUUUUUAGUUUGAUUGUGAUUUCUAGCCUAUUAUUUAGUUGACAUCCAUCGUAUGUAAUUCAUGAAGUCAUGUGUAAUCUAUGGAACUACACAUUCUUUCUGUAUCUCCCCAAUUCGUCUUGUAAUGUGUUCUAAUUUUGUGGUAA